AUGAGGCGGGAGUAUAGACUCUACACAGAUGACAGUGGUAACCUUCUGUUCCCCAACUUUGACAUCAACACCACGGCCCCCAAAGAGAUCCUGAGAGACGCAGAGCUGAAACUGGCUCUGGUCACCAACUCCCUGGACCUGAUCUUCCUCAAGAUGCAGCCUGGUGGUAAACAGGAAGUGUGUAGGAACCCCAGUAAAACGACUGCCUUUCAGUGAAGUGUCACAGUGGAGAGCUACCAAGCCCAUCUGAGUGGGAAGCACUGCAUCGUGUUCCACCGUCCACGCCAUCCUCAAGACCACAGCGUUUACUGCAACGGCGUCUACGCAGACAAGACCAGGCAGUGAAUUGGUUCUCUAUAUGAACGCAGCUGCCACUUCAUUAAAGCUGUUGGAUGCAGUUUAUCAUAGUGCAUUGAGCUUUAUUACGGGCAACAGGUUUAGUACUCAUCUCUACCAGAACGUUUUUUUUGCCCCUCUGAUGUCAUGUAUGUCGAUACAUUGCUAUGUUUUCAUUCAUUAAGCCCUUUCCCAAAAACUCCCACUGUGCUGAACAUCAUUACUAACCUUUAGACAUGAGUUACCACACCCGGUCUCAGCAAAGGCUAACUGGAAAUUCCUUCUGUCUACUGAGUUAAGUAAAUCUAUGUUUGGGUGUCAGUGUAAUUAUGUGUGAGUGUGCAUAGACUGUGCAAAAAAGGGUCAAUGCAGGUAGUCGGGGGUAGCCAUUUGAUUAGCUAUUUAGCAUUCUUGUUUAGCAGUCUUAAGACUUAGGGCAGUGGUUCCCAACCAGGGGUACUAGGACCCCUGGGGAACUUGGCCUAUCCACAGUGGGUACUCGAAGACUUGAGACCAUAGUAUUACUGGUAAAAUGCACAUGAAGGGGAACUUCAGUGGUACUCCGGGCAGAGCAAAAUUCAGUUGGUGGUACAGUAAUUGGAAAAGGUUGGGAAGAAGCUGGCUUAGGGGAAGAAGCUGUUCAGGGUCCUGUUGGUUCCAGACAUGGCUUGGGUGGCUGGAGUCUUUGACAAUUUUUGGGGCCUUCCUCUGACACCUCCUGGUAUAGUGGUCCUGGAUGACAGGGAGCUCGGCCCCAGUGAUGUACUAGGCCGUACUCACCACCCUCUGUAGCGCCUUGCAAUCGGGUGCCUUGCAGUUGCCGUACCAAGUGGUGAAGCAGCCAGACCAAAACUCUUUGUGGGUCUGAGGGCCCAUGCCUAAUCUUUUCAGCCUCCAGAGGGGGAAGAGGCAAUGUUGUGCCCUCUUCACAACUGUAUGUAUGUGGAGCAUGUUAAUUCCUAAGUGAUGUGGAUACAGAGGAAUUUGAAGCUCUCGACCCACUCCACUACAACCCUCACUUUUUCUUACAUUCAAGCGUAAUAGAUUGUUCAAGUGAACGGAAACGGUGCUGUACUGAAUGGCCAGUUGAAAAACGUGAAGAGCUGGGUUGUGGGCUCUAAAUGCAACGCUGCGCUUUAAAUACGUCAUUCAAUGCUUGAAGCCACACCAAGGCACACACACCAAAUGGAGCAAACUUAUCUCAAAGUCUGUUCAAGAACGUACAAUAACAUUUUGGGAAAACGUGUCGGUCAGUACAAACCGUUCCGCAAACGUUCAAGCAAACUGAACGCACCCCUGGCUAUCCAAACUCCUUGCUACGCCACGCCCACGGACGUUCGUUUUCUCUCCGCAAUGAGUGGAUCUGAGUGCCUCCCUGAUGAUUUCUAGAACAUAUUCUAACCGUUCUCAUUGGUCCCAGAAACCGAUGGGUUGGGCCAGAGCCAGAACACAUGUGGCUUUGAUACUGUGAUUGGUGAGAGAUGAUCCAAUUGCUGAUGACUUUGUUUUGUACAACACCCCUCAUUUUGACAUCACCACAAAUUACUUCAACGAUGGCAGUCUAGACUGAAAGUAUUCCAUUUUUAUUUAGUCACAUGCACAGGGUCGCAGAUGUAGUUGCAGUGUACAGUGAAAUUCUUAAGCUCCGAGCUCCAACAGUGCAAGUGUGAAUUAAACAAUAAAAACAUAAUACAUGUUUUCAACUGUGCCAAUGAUAAAUAUAAAUGUCUAUUCAGCAUGAUAAAUGUCCAUUGGGGUGUGGGCAUGUCCAAAGGGGGAGCAGUGGGGGGUAGCAAGUCUGGGGGGAAAGGGGGGAGCUGGUAGCUGACUAGUGGUGGCUAUUAGUGGUCCUCUGUGGCUCAAUUGGUAGAGCAUCGCGCUUGUAACGCCAGGGUAGUGGGUUCGAUCCCCGGGACCACCCAUACACAAAAAUGUAUGCACGCAUGACUGUAAGUCGCUUUGGAUAAAAGCGUCUGCGAAAUGGCAUAGUAUAUUAUUAUAUUCAGCAGCCUGAUGGUCUGGGAGUAGAAGCUAUUGGCCAGUCUGUUAGUUUUAGCCAUGAUGCUCCUGUACUACCCGUGUCUGAGUGAUGGAAGCGGAGAGAACAGGCCAUGGCUCAGGUGGCUGAGGUCCCUUAUGAUCUUCUUGGCCUUCCUGCGACACCUGGUGUUGUAGGUGUCCUGGAGGGCAGGCAGUGUGCACCCAAUGGUGCAUGAGGCUGAGUGUACCGUACCACCCUCUGUAGUGCCUUUCGGUCAUCGGUGGUGGAGUUGCUGUACCAGGCUGUGAUGCAGCCCGACAGUAUGCUCUCGAUGGUGCUCCUGUAGAACAAUGUGAGGGCCCUCGGGGACAGGACAAAUUUCUUCAGCCUCCUGAGGUUGAAGAGUCGCUGUCGUGCCUUCUUCACCACAGUGUCUGUGUGGUUUAACCAUUUCAGCUCCUCUGAAAUAUGUAUGCAGAGGAACUUGACGUUUUUGACAUUCUCCACGGCGGCCCUGUUGAUGAGGAUGGGGGCAUGCCGAGCCUGGUUCCUCCUGAAGUCCACAAUCAGCUCCUUUGUUUUGCUGACAUUAAAGGAAGAGGUUGUUUACCUGGCACCACACCGUCAGAGUGUCUACCUCCUCCCUGUAGGCCGUCUCUUCGUUGUUGGUAAUCAGAUCUACUACUGUGGUGUCGUCAGCGAACUGGAUGAUGGAGUUUGAACUGUGUGAGGCCACGCAGUCAUGGGUAUACAGGGAGUAUAGGAGGGGACUGAGGACGCACCCUUGUGGGGCCCCCGUACUGAGGAUCAGUGUGGAGCACGUAAUUUUGCCUACCAUCACCACCUGGUGGCAGCCCGUCAGGAAGUCCAGGACCCAGUUGCAUAGGGAGGAAUUGCCGUGCGGCAGCAGAGAGAACAGUCUAUGACUAGGGUGGCUGGAGUCUUAGGCAAUUUUUAGGGCCUUCCUCUGACACCGCCUGGUAUAGAGGUCCUGGAUGGCAGGAAGCUUGGCCCCAGUGAUGUACUGGGCCGUACGCACUACCCUCUGUAGUGCCUUGCGGUCGGAGGCCGAGCAGUUGCCCUACCAGGCGGUGAUGCAACCAGUCAGGAUGCUCUCGAAUGGUGCAGCUGUAGAACCUUUAGAGGAUCCGAGGACCCAUGCCAAAUAUUUUCAGUAUUCUGAGGGGGAAUAGGCUUUGUCGUGCCCUCUUCACGACUGUCUUGGUGUGGACACGAAGGAACUUGAAGCUCUCAACCUGCUCUACUACAGCCCUGUCGAUGAGAAUGGGGCGUGCUCGGUCCUCCUUUUUCUGUAGUCCACAAUCAUCUCCUUUGUCUUGAUCACAUUGAGAGAGAGGUUGUUAUCCUGGCACCACACGGCCAGGUCUCUGACCUUCUCCCUAUAGGCUGUCUCAUCGUUGUCGGUGAUCAGGCCUACCACUGUUGUGUCGUCGGCAAACUUAAUGAUGGUGUUGGAGUCGUGCUUGGCCAUGCAGUCAUGGGUGAACAGGGAGUACAGGAGGGGACUGAGCACGCACCCCUGAGGGGCCCCAGUGUUGAGGAUCAGCGUGGCAGGUGUGUUGUUACCUACCCUUACCACCUGGGUCCUUAGCUUAGUAAUGAGCUUUGAGGGCACUAUGGUGUUGAACACUGAGCUGUAGUCAAUGAAUAGCAUUCUCACGUAGAUGUUCCUUUUGUCCAGGUGGGAAAUGGCAGUGUGGAGUGCAAUAGAGAUUGCAUCAUCUGUGGAUCUGUUGGGGCGGUAUUCAAAUUGGAGUGGGUCUAGGGUUUCUGGGAUAAUGGUGUUGAUGUGAGCCAUGAUCAGCCUUUCAAAGCACUUCAUGGCUUCAGACGUGAGUGCUACGGGUCGGUAGUUAUUUAGACAGGUUACCUUAGUGUUCUUGGGCACAGGGACUAUGGUGGUCUGCUUGAAACAUGUUGGUAUUACAGACUCAGCCAGGGACAGGUUGAAAAUGUCAGUGAAGACACUUGCCAGUUGGUCAGCGCAUGCUCGGAGUACAAGUCCUGUUUAAAGGUCUUACUCACAUCGGCUUCGGAGAGCGUGAUCACACAGUUGUCCGGAACAGCUGAUGCUCUCAUGCAUGCUUCAGUGUUGCUUGCCUCAAAGCGAGCAUAGAAGUCAUUUAGCUCAAUCGGUAGGCUUGUGUCACUGGGCAGCUCGCAGCUGUGCUUCCCUUUGUAGUCCGUAAUAGUUUGCAAGCCCUGCCACAUCCGACAAGCGUCGGAGCCGGUGUAGUACGAUUAAAUCUUAGUCCUGUAUUGACGCUUUGCCUGUUUGAUGGUUCGUCGGAGGGCAUAGCGGGAUUUCUUAUAAGUGUCCGGGUUAGAGACCCGCUCCUUGAAAGCAGCAGCUCUACCCUUUAGCCCAGUGUGGAUGUUGCUUGUAAUCCAUGGCUUCUGGUUGGGGUAUGUAGGUACGGUCAUCGAUGCACUUAUUGAUGAAGCCAGUGACUGAUGUGGUGUACUCCUCAAUGCCAUUGGAAGAAUCCCUGAACAUAUGCCAGUCUGUGCUAGCAAAACAGUCCUGUAGCUUAGCAUCUGCGUCAUCUGACCACUUCUGUAUAGUGGACAUCUUGAAGCAGGUGGGGAUAACGGCCUGAGCUAGAGAGAGAUUGAAAAUGUCAGAAAACACAACAGCUAGCUGGUUUGGACAUGCUCUUAGGGCGCGGCUAGGGAUGCCAUCUGGGCCGGCAGCCUUGCAAAGGUUAACAUGUUUGAUUUAUUUACAUACGUCCUCCGUGGAGACCGUAAGCAUGUAGCGAACAUAGAGCAGUGGAAGAAUUCAGUUUGAGUUGUCAGGCAACGUAAAGACUUCCUCACCAGAUACAGUACUUCCACACCAAGCCGUACCCCACCAAGAAGGAGUCUUAGGAGCUCUCCAAGAGACUAUGGUGAUCCGGGCUGAAGUGUCCACCCUGUUUGGGAUGAAGCACACCAAGUGCAUGAAGGCGAUCCAGAGGAACAGCCCUACCAUCUUCAUGGGCUUCAACAUGAGCUGA